CUGUGCACUUUGGUGUAUGGAGAGGAGGGAGACUAAUAUGCCCAACUUAUAGUUUUGCCUAGAUAGGUUAAACCUUGUCUAGAGACUGGAUCUGACUUCAGCCCGCUGCUUGUGGCAUAACAUGUCACCUUUUUGUAAGGGUCCCAGCUAUCGUUCUCAGUUGCCUUCAUUUAGUGUCAAAUGUAUAUUAACUCUUAUAACCAUAUAGGUUAUUUAUGUUUGUAUUGUUGCAUGAUUUGUUUGUUACUAAGUUUUAGAGUUAGGCUGCUUUUAUGUGGUUUGUUCUGAUGUUCUCCUGUUUUGAAUGUUUGCCAUACACGUUGGAAACCACGCUGGGUCCCUUUGGGGAGAUAGGGCAGUUUACAAAUACAUUAUUAUUAUUAUUAUUAUUAUUAUUAUUAUUAUUAUUAUUAUUCAUGCCUCUGUGUCUUGGUAUUUCCACUGUCAACAUGAUCCAUGGAGGCAAAAGAGGAUAAUUUUUUGUGUUCAAGGAUGUUUGGGGCUUCAUGUUUAACCCUUUGCUUCUUCUUUCUUGACCAGGGACGUGUGGGUUUCCGGAGCCGCCCCGGCAUGAUGAGAAACAAACCAGCAUCUAGUGGAUAUUGAGGAAUUUGGAAGCCAAAGUCCAAUAAGGAAACCAGUCCGAUUUGAAAAAGAAGUCCUCUCAAGGCACCCAUCUGGCUGAAUUCUUAAAUUCACUUUUGAUUAUAAGAGUAGAAUCAUAGAAAAGACUGCAUGGCCCAUCUAGUCCAAACCCUGUCAUGCAGGAGAAGCGGUCAAAGUACUACUGACAGAUGGCCAGCCUCGGUAGAAAAGUCCCCAGAAGAGCCUCCCCUAAAUUCUGAGGCACAGAAUUCCUCUGCUGAGCAGCUUUUCCAGUCAGGAAGUUCUUCCUAAUGUUCAGAAGGAAUCACCUUUUCUUCGAUUUGAAACCAUUGCUGCAAGUAACCAGAAAGGGAAAGAGAAGUGACGGGUGUCCAUAUUACUAUUAAAGGUACAUAACAUUGUCAACAUGGAGGAGAAAGCACAUAAAUGUACUGAAUGCGGAAAGAGGUUUAGGUGGCACGCACAUCUGAAAAUACAUCAAAGGAUUCACACUGGGGAGAAACCCUAUAAAUGCCUUGAAUGUGGACACACCUUCGCUCGCAGUUCAUCUCUACAAUCACAUCAAAGGACUCACACUGGGGAGAAACCAUUUAAAUGCCUGGAGUGUGGAAAGAGCUUCUCUCACAGAGGACAUCUACCGAGACAUCAAAGGAUUCACACUGGGGAGAAACCAUUUAAAUGCCUGGAGUGUGGGAAGAGCUUUGCUGACAGUGGAAACCUUCGUUCACAUCAAAGGACUCACACUGGGGAGACACCCUAUAAAUGCUUGCUGUGUGGACAGAGUUUCAGUUGGAGGGAUUCUCUUCAGCAACACGAAAGGACUCACAUGGGAGAGAAACCAUAUAAAUGCCUGGAGUGUGGACAGAGCUUCAUUCAAAGUUCAUCUUUACGUUCACAUCAAAGGAUUCACACUGGGGAGAAACCCUAUACAUGCCUGGAGUGUGGACAGAGCUUCACUCAGAGGGGACAUCUACAUAGACAUCAGAGGACUCACACUGGGGAGAAACCCCAUAUAUGCCUGGAGUGUGGACAGAGCUUCAGUGAGAGUGGAGACCUACGUUCACAUCAAAGGAUUCACACUGGGGAGAAACCCUAUACAUGCUUGGAGUGUGGAAAGAGCUUCACUCAGAGUGGACUUCUACAUAGACAUCAAAGGAUUCACACUGGUGAGAAACCUUAUAAAUGCUUGAAGUGUGGACAGAGCUUUAAUAAUAAUUCACGUCUACGUGUCCAUCAAAGGACUCACACUGGAGAGAAACCCUAUAAAUGUCUGGAGUGUGGACAGAGUUUCACUGAGAAUGGAAGUCUACAUAGACAUCAAAAGACUCAUACUGGGGAGAAACCCUAUACAUGCCUGGAGUGUGGACAGAGCUUUGCUCGCAGUGAAAGCCUACGUUCACAUCAAAGAACUCACACUGGGGAGAAACCUUAUAAAUGCUUAGAGUGUGGAUGGAACUUCACUGAGGGUGGAAGUCUACGUAAACAUCAAAGGAUUCACACUGGGGAGAAGCUCUAUAAGUGCCUAAAAUGUGGACAGAGCUUCACUCACAGUGGAAGUCUACGUUCACAUCAAAAGACUCACACUAAGGAGGGACCUUAAAAAUGCUGAGAGUCUGGACAGAAAUUCACUGAGGGUGGAAGUCUACGCAAACAUCAGCAGAUUCACACUGGGGAGAAACCCUAUACAUGCCUGGAGUGUGGACAGAGCUUCAGUCAGAGUGGAGACCUACGUUCCCAUCAAAGGACUCAGACUGGGGAGACACCCCAUGAAAGCGUGGAGUGUUGAUAGAGCCUCUGUGAGAGUUCAGAGCUUCAUAUACAUAGAUUUUCACUGGAGACAACAGUGGCAUUUGACCUAAAUACCACUUUCCAAGUUUUUCAUGUUGUUUACACACACUAAUCAUGCAUCCUUUCAUGACAUGAUAGUUCAAUUGCAGAAAACAGAGGUUAAACCAAUCCCAUGUAAGAUUUUCAAUAUAUAUAAUAUAAUAAUAUAUAUAGGUUUCAUAUACUCUUUUUGUAUAUACAAUUCUUUUGUAGUUUCCUCUAUAGCCGCUCCAUGUGGUUUUCUCUUCACAAAGGGGUUUUAUUUUCUUAAUUAUAAACAUUAAUUUUAGUGGUAAUUAAUGUAACUCAAGCCACAAAUUGUGCAGAAAGAUUACAGCUGAACCUACACUUGAACUUGCCAGCACUUCACCUCUGUAGCGAUUUAGCCUUUGUGGAUAUCUUUAAAGAGAGGCCGGGUGGCCUUCCGGGUUGGCAGAAGGGGGCUGGACUCCAUGCCCUUUGGGGGUCUCUUCCAACCCCAGUGAAGUAUAGACUGCCUUGGAGUGCGGAGUCUCCUCUGGAGGUUUUUGAGCUGAGGUUGCAUGGCUGUCUGCUGGGAGGGCUUUGACUGUGCCUUCCUGCCUGGCUAAAGGGAGUUGGAGUGGAUGCCCUUUGAGGGUCUCGUCCAUUGGGGGGAACCCUUUUUUAUGCAACGCACCUGUGGACUACAUACAGCGGACACGCAUGUGUCAUGGCACACAGUUUGGAAGGCUCUGGUCAAAGACAAGACAAUGGCAGUGCUCAUUAAUGCUGACAAACGAGAGCACACUCUUGGGGUCCUCUUAUCAUAUUGGGGUGCCUUUGCAGAAAGGCCCGGAAGUAUUGGACUCAAAAGCAUAUGGUGCUGGACACAAAUGGUUAAGGUUUCGUUUUCAAUGAGAACAGAGUUUUGUUUCGUAGCAAUGCCGGGGAGUCGCCUAGAAACAAAAUUGGGAAGAUGCCUUGAAGAGACGUCGUUUCGCCUCAGAGAUGGAAGACGUCAUGAUCCCACUGGAAGAAAGGUCCAGGCCGCCUUAUCACUACUUCCCAACAACAACAAGAACAACAGGGGCAAACGUCAGUUGUGGGGUGUAUGAAUUAAAAGACUUGCCAAAGAAGAAGUGUGGUUGCGUAGGGUUAUCUGAGGGGAACAGAGCCAUUAGGGACACGACUCAGGGCCAGGUUCUUAGAAUUAGACCCCGGUCUGUGUGCUCGUUUUCUGGUGGACUUUGUAUAUCUAUUUAGGAGUGUUUCGGUGGUGUGUGCUUUCUGAUAUACUUUUGUAGUUGUGGCAGCCACUCUGUGAGGUGCUCAGUUUUAGCGUGUAUAUAUACAUACACAUACAUACAUUACUAUGUUCCAGUUUUUAAUAUCAGUAUCAGAGACUGGGAAGACAGGCAGAGCGAGGGUUUCAUAGGAAACCUCUGGUCCUUUUGGAUAUGGUUUUCCCCUUCUAGGUUGGUCGCGUGGCUCCAAGUAGGAUUUUCAUGCUUUGUUUUUUGUUUUUUUGCAUUUCAUUUUUUAAUGAAGACUAGACGUGACAAAUACACAUGUAAACAAAAGUACAACAAUGCAACAAUAACAAUAACAACAACAAGACUUGUAUGACUUACAAAUACUAUAUAAGUUUCCCCUUGAACUUCCAGAUUCCCUCAAGUGAAGCUGUACAUUUCUUCUUUCACACAAUAUCCUACGUAACAAAGGAAAAGAGAACUAAUCUGAGACCUGCAAUGUCAUGGCCCUUGGGCUUCUUCUUUUUCCUUCCCCCCCCCCUUUAUUUAAUCCCUUUUUGAAACUUAUUUUUAAACAAUUUUGUAGUUCUGUAUUAAAAAAUUAACGAAUUUAUUCCAAUCCAUAUUAUUAGAUGGCGAUCUAUUUUGAGAGUCUUUCUGAAUCGACAAGUCCACGUUCACAAUAUCCAUAGCCUUUUCUAUUCAAGAAUUAAACGUUGCUGUCUCUUUAUUUUUCCAUAAGCGGGCAAUAUAAAUUCUUGCUGCCCUAGUAAGGUAAAAAAGCAUCCCAUCACCAUUUUUAUUUAAUUUGAGGUCCGUCAUUCCCAACAAAAAAUAUUCUGGUUUGAAUUCAAAAUUUAAAUGAAAGAUUUUCCCUAGUUUCCUGUAAAUUUCAUACCAGAACUUUCCCCCCACUUUUCAGUCCCACCACACAUGUCUAAACGUGCCCACUUUUUUCUUGCAUCUCUAGCUUUUCUUGUUGAUCUUACUCUUGCUGUAUUUAGCAGGUUUUUCCGGAGUGUGGUACCACAGAUAAAACCUCUUAAACCCUUUCCCUUUGAUCUCUGCUGCAUAUGUGUAUUUCAGUUUCUUUAACCAGACCUCCUCCCAUUCCGCCAUAGCAAUCGUAUGUCCUUCUAUCUUUGCCCACUUAAUCAUUACUGUUUUUACUCGUUCUUCUUCCGUUGCCCAGGCUCAAAGUUGUUGGCACAGUCUUUUAAUCGAUUUUGUGCCUGUUUUUAUGAUUUUAUCCCAUAAAGUUUCAUU